AUGAGCGUGCUGGAAACGGCGGCGUCUCCAAGCAGCAGCGACUCAUCGCCUGUGCUCAUGGAGCCUCCAGAGCGCCAUCGGACGCGUUCUCGCCCGGUCGAGAUGGAAGCGGACGAGUCGGAUGAUGGCGACACAGACGAGUUGGAGGAGAACAAAGAAGAAGAAGAAACGAUGACAAAGCGUCCCUCGCCUACGCGGAGUCGACGCCCGAGUCGCAAGUUCCCCGUAAGAAGCGCCGACGUCGCAAUCGCAAGCAGAAUCGAAGGAGCAAGAGGCAACGGAGACGUGCAGAGGGGAGACGCAUGA